CACUCACCUUAGCUCUCUCAGCCUCAGAAAACUCCUUCUUGUUUCCCUCCCACCAUUACUCUCCACCACUCAAUUCUCCUCUCCGCCACCGACUCCCGACGCCCCUCUCUCUACCAGCAACCUCCCCUUCUCUAUGGUAUCAUUAACACCUCACGUUCCCAGCACCCUUUCCCGACCACCACCCCCAUCACAUCCCCUGUUUUUGUGUAAUCCCAAGCUCCCGAGCCACCUCUGGCUUACUCGCGGCUCCAGUUUGCCCCUAACUUCUCCGGUGAAGAGAAACAUCACUACUAGUACUGCUUUUCCUUUCAUUUCGAGCUCUCUUAGCCAGCAGCAGCCCAGAACUUUAUUUCCGGGCGGAUACAAGCGGCCUGAGAUUAGAGUACCCAAUGUGGUGCUCCUCUUGAGCUCCCACGAGGUCUUCGAGGAGGAUAAAACAAGGGGCGUCCUUGAUGUUCUUGAUAAGGCCAUCGCUAGUUCGGUGGUUGGCAUCGUGGUGCUCAGGGGCGGCGGAGCAAGAGGUGGUAAGUUGCUGUACGAGGCUGCUUGUGUGUUGAAGUCAGUGAUCAAGGACCGAGCUUACUUGCUUAUUGAGGAGCGUGUUGAUAUUGCAGCCGCCGUCAAUGCCAGUGGAGUUUUGCUUUCUGAUCAAGGUCUUCCUGCAAUAGUGGCAAGGAAUACGAUGAUAGAUUCAAAAUCUGAAUCGGUAGUUCUUCCUUUGGUUGCCAGGACUGUUGAGACUCCCAGUGCUGCUUUAGAUGCAUCAACUUCUGAAGGUGCCGACUUUCUUAUAUACACCAUUUGUGGAGAUACCCAUAAGGAGGAUCUGGUGUCAUCUUUGUUUCAGCGUGUCAGGAUUCCUACUUUUAUCAUGGUUGAUUCACUUGUGGAUGAGAAGUCAUUUCAUGAAGCUUUGAAUUUAGUCAAAUCUGGAGCAAGUGGAUUAGUAGUUUCAUUGCCUGAUUUAAAGCUGCUUGGCAGUGAUGAUUCAAACAAAUUAUAUGAAAGUCUAUAUGUACUUAGCAAGAGAAUGGACGGCAAGGUUCAAAAAUCUGAUGAGAUGAAUAUGUUGGAUGUAGACAAUGGUAGUUCUCCAAAGGUAGGGGUGGCUGGUUUUGCAAAAUUAGAGGAGAGAGAGAGACAGUUGGUGGAAACAGAAAGAUCACUUCUGCUCGAUGCAAGAGAUGUCAUCCAACAAGCUGCACCACUGAUGGAGGAAGUGUCUCUUCUCAUGGAUGCAGUUUCUCAACUGGACGAACCAUUUUUGCUGGUCAUAGUGGGAGAAUUCAACUCUGGGAAAUCAACAGUCAUAAAUGCUCUUUUAGGAGAAAAAUAUCUGUCAGAUGGGGUUGUUCCUACCACCAAUGAGAUUACUUUUUUACGCUAUUCUAAAGAAGAUGUUCAUCACCAACAUCGCUGUGAAAGACAUCCAGAUGGUCAAAUUUUGUGCUAUCUCCCUGCUCCAAUCCUCAAAGAUAUGAUUAUUGUUGAUACUCCUGGAACAAAUGUGAUACUUCAAAGGCAACAGCGGCUUACUGAGGAAUUUGUGCCACGUGCAGAUUUAAUAUUGUUUGUUAUGUCUGCUGAUCGGCCACUGACAGAGAGUGAGGUUACUUUUCUUCGUUACACUCAGCAGUGGAAGAAAAAGGUUGUGUUUGUGCUCAAUAAAUCCGAUCUUUAUCAGAACACUAGUGAGCUUCAGGAAGCUAUUUCAUUUAUAGAAGAAAAUGCACGGAAGUUGCUUAAUACUGAAAUUAUAACAUUAUAUCCUGUGUCUGCACGCUGUGCUCUUGAAGCAAAGUUAUCUGCUGCCUCAAAUGUUAGUGAGCUUGGUGAACUGUACAAGACAAGUUCUCAUUGGAAAAUCAGUAGCUUCUUCGAAUUUGAAGAUUACUUGUACAGCUUUUUGGAUGGUACAACAAGUACAGGGAUUGAACGGAUAAAGCUUAAGCUUGGAACACCGCUUGGGAUAGCAGAGCAGUUACUGUCUUCUUGUCAAAAGCUUGUGAGAGAAGAGUACCAGAGAGUGAAACUGGACUUGGCAUCAUUGAAUAACAUUGUUGAUGGGGUGAAAGACUAUGCACAUAAGAUGAAAAGUGAGAGCACUGCUUGGGAGAGACAAUUAUUGUCUCUGGUUAAUUCUGCACAAGAACGUGCUAUCAAGCUUUUAGAAUCAACUCUGCAGUUAUCAAAUCUUGAUAUUGUGACCUCAUAUGUUUUCAAGGGAGGGAAUUCUGCUCCUAUGCCUGUGACCUCCACUGUCCAAAAUGACAUCAUUGGGCCAGCAGCUUCUCAAGCAAAAAAUAUUGUUGGGGAAUAUAUGAUAUGGUUACAGUCAAGCAAUGCUCGUGAAGGAAGAGUUUAUAAAGAAGCUUUGGCACAAAGAUGGUCUUCAUUAGUUGAUCCACACCAGGUACAACUUCACAAAACUGACUUACUUGGGGAAAGAGGCGAAUUGAGUGUCAAAGUGCUGGAAGAUUUCAGUGCAUCUGCUGCUUCCAAACUGUUUGAGCAAGAAAUUCGCGAAGUGUUCCUGGGUACUUUUGGUGGACUAGGAGCAGCUGGUUUAUCUGCAUCACUUCUGACAUCCGUACUACCAACAACACUCGAAGAUCUCCUUGCUUUAGGCCUAUGUUCUGCUGGCGGCUUGUUAGCAAUAUCCAACUUUCCCGCACGCAAGCGACUGGUCGUGGAUAAAGUGAAGAGGGCUGGAGAUGCAUUAGCUCGUGAACUUGAAGGGGCAAUGCAGAAGGACCUUUUAGAGACAAUUAAUAAUCUGGAGAAGUAUGUAAGAUUUGUGGGCGAGCCAUACCAAGAUGUAAUGCAGCAUAGACUGGACGAACUCGCUGGCACUUCGGACGAGUUAAUACAGAUUGAGAAAAAACUUCAGACAUUAAGAAUUGAGAUUGAAAAUCUCCAUGUAUGAUGAUACUCGGGAACUUUGAAUUAAUUUUUGUUCUUGAAUGGUUGGUAUUUUUUUUUCUCAGAAGUGAUGCGGCUGUGUGCAAGCAGUUGCAAUUGCAAAUUCGCAUUUUCUGAA